AGGGCUAUGCGGGCUCACUUCAGUGUCCAAAAUGGUGAUAUUUCUGGGGAGUUCUCUUGGAAACCAAACUUUAGUUUAGAUUUUAGCUACGAAAUACAGACCACUGAAAUAUGAACAGAUAACAAAAAGAGCUAGUUUACGGACGCCAUGGGAGAAGAUGUUGGGGCAGGACUUUUAGCGGGAUCUAACACCACAUCAGGAGUCCCAAUUGAACACCUCGACUACACUUAUGUCAAGGAGUGUAAAAAUGGCAAAGAACUCGAAAAAAUUCUCAAGGUUUUGCGAUCUGGAGAUGAAGGCUUUUAUCCAGAACUAAUUGAAUUUACAGAAGAAAAGUUAAGGAAAAUCAAUCCUAAAAGCAAAAGUCUUCGUAAAGAGCAGUCUAUCAAUACCUACCGUGAUUUGACCAAAACAGAGAAACAGGAGAUCACAGAUGAUUUGCAAGAAUGGAUGGCAACUAUUGAGCAGGCAGACAAAUCAUUGAAGACAGUGGGUGUGACAAGAGAAUUAGAAAAUGAUAAUCUCCCUCCAAUCAGAACAGCAACAGCAAGCAGUGAAGAGUCCCCUGCUAAGCCACGUCCCCCUGAGGAAAAGAAGGAAAAGACUGUGCUACCUCGUGGCUAUCAAGAGUGGGACAGAUUUGACCCUGACAAGGAGAUUGAGUCUCUGGAAAAACAAGAGGAGGAAGAAAAGAAAAAGAAACAGGAAAAAGCUAAAGCAAUGAACAGAAGAGCUGUUGCGUCAAAUUUAGAUUUAAAAGACAAAAGUGAGACUGAAAGACAAGUCCUAGCCAACAGAGAAAAGGAGAAAGGCAAUGAAUCAUUUCAGACUGGCAACUAUUCUGAGGCUUUGAUGUAUUAUUGCCGCAGCAUUGAGCUGAAUCCCAAAGCAGCAGCUGUUUAUAACAACAGAGCACUUGCAGAAAUAAGGCUUGAAAAGUUCCAAGAAGCCGUGGCUGACUGCAACCAUGUCCUUAGUAUGGAGCCCAAGAACGUCAAAGCUUACCUAAGGAGGGCCAUAGCUCAUCAAGGACAAGGGCUGAAUCAAGAAGCCAAGGAGGACCUUUCUCAAAUUCUCGCUAUAGAACCGAACAAUAAGAGAGCUAAGGUACAUAUUUUCUAUUUUUNUGGCAAUUUGCAUUCAGUUGAGAAAUCACAGGUGGAGCCAGAGCCUGAAUUGCCUGCACUGGUGCUGAAAGCUCAGAAAGAUGGAUCAGAAAUGUUUAAGCUCGGACGAUAUGCUGAAGCAGCAGAACAAUUUACACAAGCCAUUGAUAUCCUUCAGAAAGAUAAAGUUGUAUUCCACAGACCUCUGUGUGCCUUGUUGUGUAACCGUGGCUCAUGUAUGAUGAAGAUUGGUGACUGCACUGGUUGUAUUUCGGAUUGUACAGCAGCUCUGGAAAUUAUACCAGGUGCUUUUCGACCAUUGCUUAAGAGAGCAACAGCAUAUGAAAUCUCAGAAAAACAUGCCAAGGCCUGGCAGGAUUAUCAGAUGGCAUUGAAAAUCUGGCCACAACACUUGUCGGCAAUACAAGGAAACCACAGGGUUUCCAAAUCACUUGAGAAUCUGUAUGGACCUGAAUGGAAAGACAAAGUAUCACCUCCAAAACCCAGUUCUUCAUCUGCCCAAGCUAAAAUCGAUAACUCAUUGACUCAUCUCACCCCUACGCAGACUGCAAGUGAAGACACAAACCAUCCCCACCCACCACAGUCAGACAUAAGUGCCACAAAAAUCACAACUGAGUCUACUCCCACACAUGAUACUAUUGGUGCAACAAGUGCAGCCCAACCCUCUCCUACAGAGGGUGCCACUGGAGGCACAUCUGCCACUGGUGACCCCUCCCCUGUGACAGGUAAUUCCACAGUCCAGUCUCCUGUUGACCCAGCUGUGAGGUUUUCACAGUGUAAAGAUCAGGGAAAUUCUUUUGUUAAACAGAACCGCUAUGAGGAAGCUGUUAAAUGUUAUAAUGAGUGCACUGACAUUGACCCGGAAAAUGUGGCAGUUUAUACAAACAGAGCACUGUGUUACUUGCGGCUUAAUCAGCAUGAACUGGCAAUAGUGGACACUACAGAAGCAUUAAGACUUCAACCCGACAAUGUCAAAGCGCUUUUCCGGAGGGCUCUUGCAAAAAAGGCGUUGUGCCAAUACGAUUCUGCCGCCAGAGAUCUGUUUGCACUUCAAAAAAUUGAACCAAAGAACGUUGCCGCUAAGAAGGAGCUGGAAAUCGUGUUGGACUUGUGCCGAAAGGAACGAAGGUCGUCACAAACCAAAGAGCAGAAACCAAAGAAAAAGACAAACGACAAGAAAGCCGAAAAACAGACACCGCAGACGAACCAUGAACAGAAGGCGCCAAAAUGGAGAAGGAUACCUAUCAAGGACGUGCAGGAAAAUGACGAAGAGGAUGAUGAACACCCAGUCUCCUCAUCAAAACGACAGUCUUCUUCAAACAAACCUCCGGGCGAAGUUCCAAUGACAAACUUAGAUCAGGAGCCUGCAGCGGUGAAGCCAGUCAAGCUUGCCAAGAACACCGCUUAUGAUUUCUUUCAAGCCUGGAACUCGGUUAAGAAGAACAACACUAAAGACUACGCUGACUUACUGAGACAGCUGGAGACGAAACGCCUUGCUAAAGUUCUUAGUAACAAGCUCGAUGCGCCGAUGUUAAAUGGCAUUAUUGCAGCACUCAGUCAAGAAAUUGUGCCACAAGGAGAAGAAAACUUGGCGUGGGACAUCCUUGAACAGCUGAGUCACGUAGAACGAUUUGAUAUGGUGUUGCUGUUUAUGUCUUCUAAGGAGAAGAAAGAACUUCAACAACUGUUCUCCAAGCUGCAAGCUUCCUUUUCACUACAGAACUUUGUGACCAGUGAUGACUUUGACCGGUUACGAAAGAAAUACAGAACUUAGGCGCUUGCUGUACACAUCUACAAUAACAAUGUCUCAGCCAUAAACUUUCACUCUAGAGCUUUAUCUCCCAAACCUGUUCUUUACGUUAAUGUUGUGUGAAUGUUGUUUUAAUGUUACCCAGUGUUAGUAGCGAGAGCCUGAUAGAUGGUACAUAAACACAACCUUGUUUAUAAUUUCUUAAUUUCUUCGCCAAUCUACGUGAAAAUAUAUUGACUCUUUUUACCCCGCGCGUGGCGUCUCCUCGCGCAUUUUCGCGUGUUGCCCAUUCGGCUGAUACUGAAGGGAUUGGCGGUUUCACGUAGUCUAAUCUGGACUGGACCCUGGACUCUGGAAUGUUACCUGUGUUCUAUGAUGAAGAGCAUUACGGACCAGUUUUAUCUAAUAUCACACAGCAACGAAGAUUGCCAAGAGGUGUGCUUAAUUCUCCGUUCUAAACUCUUUGUAGACUAAGCUCGAUAUAAAAUAAUGAGUUUUGAAACUUGUGUUC